AUUUUAUUUUAUUUUUUUUAUUUCCAAGGGGGUAUUUUGCAAAAGGCUCUCGCAGUCCACGGCCGCGGAGCUGGUCACCGGAACGAUCGGGAGGGUCUGGACAGUGACCGGACGAGGGGACAGGAUCAGAGCAUCCGGGCGAGUGUCGGGGGCCGCGGGCCACUCGGGAAGUCGCGCGCUCAGCGCCCACGCCGCGCCCUCGCCCCCGCGCGCGCCCUCGGCCCCCGGCGGCCGCCGCGCGCUGCGGGAGACUCGGAGCCCGAGGACCAGGCGCAGCCGCAGCCGCAGCCGAAGCCCGAGCCGUGGGGCCGGUGCGAAGAUGCACACGACUCAGAAGGACACGACGUACACCAAGAUCUUCGUGGGAGGGCUGCCCUACCACACCACCGACGCCAGCCUGCGCAAGUACUUCGAGGUCUUCGGAGACAUCGAGGAGGCGGUGGUCAUCACGGACCGGCAGACUGGCAAGUCCCGGGGCUACGGAUUUGUCACCAUGGCUGACCGGGCUGCUGCUGAAAGGGCCUGCAAGGAUCCCAACCCCAUCAUUGAUGGUAGGAAGGCCAACGUGAAUCUGGCAUACUUGGGAGCAAAACCAAGAAUAAUGCAGCCAGGUUUCGCCUUUGGUGUUCAACAGCUUCACCCAGCCCUUAUACAAAGACCUUUCGGGAUCCCUGCUCACUACGUCUACCCGCAGGCCUUUGUGCAGCCUGGAGUGGUUAUUCCCCAUGUCCAGCCCACAGCAGCUGCGGCUUCCACCACGCCGUACAUUGAUUACACUGGAGCUGCCUAUGCACAAUAUUCGGCUGCAGCAGCUGCAGCCGCAGCCGCUGCCGCCUAUGACCAGUACCCCUACGCAGCAUCCCCAGCUGCUGCAGGCUAUGUGACCACUGGGGGCUACAGCUAUGCUGUCCAGCAGCCAAUCACUGCUGCUGCACCUGGGACAGCUGCAGCUGCAGCUGCAGCUGCUGCAGCCGCAGCAGCCUUUGGCCAGUACCAGCCUCAACAGCUGCAGACAGACAGAAUGCAGUAGACCCACCUUCUGAUCAAAGUCAAGGGUUUCUCUUUCCCUCCCAAUUUCCCAGUGUUGGGUAGCUGACGAGAACGAUGUUGACUUAAUAGCUUUAAAGGGAGAAAGCAAAGUUAUUGGGAAAGCAGAGGCAUUACUUUUUUCAUACUCCGGGUUGUGCUGCGGAUGAAGAGGGGAGA